CGGUUAAACACCCAAAUUAUCUUAUCUCGUGUGCCGAAGGAUAAAACUUUGGCUUAUAAAAAUCCAAAAUAAAAUUAAUUCAAGACCAGUAACACGUGAACCAGUGAAAAAUGAAAGCUAUUCUCAGUGUUGUGUUUGUGAUUUUGUGUUCUAGCACUCUGGGAAGUGCUGACAUACCUGGCACAUUAGUUGGAUUUUCUCGGCUUGCUUCCAGAGUCGCUGAACCAUCAUGCCUCAACUUAGUGACUCCCAUUUGUAAAGAUUGUAACACGCUUCUGAGAUGCUUGAUGGUAGACCCAGCGCCGGAAGUGCCAUGCAAAACACAAUAUCCCGAUAGACCUUUCUGUCAUAAUGGAGCAUGCGUUGCCGAAGCACAAGGCGAUUGUGUUGCUUCCACUACAUUCACUUGUACAGGCGCCGGAUAUUAUCCCGAUCCACUAAACUGUUCACGGUAUCAUCUGUGCGCUGGAGCUGGUGCAGUUGGUACUUCUGUUGCCACAUAUGAAUGUCCUGCUGGAUUCGUAUACAAUCCGGUAACAACGAUGUGCAAACUAUCUACAGAAUGUACUCCGGUGGAUUGUUCCCCUGAUCCUGCAGGCUAUGUUGCAUAUCCUGCUGACAACCGGUAUUACGCUUAUUGCAGAGCUGAUGAUGUACCAGUAAUCUUAAAAUGUGGAACUUAUUUUGUGUACAACACCUCGACGAAAGUCUGCGUUUUUCAUUGCCCGCGGGAGGGCCGCAUCGCUCUUCCAUCCGAUACGAAGACGUAUUACGAAUGCUACUUGAAAGACACGACUUAUUAUUACAGAAUAUCGGAGUGCAUCAACGGGUAUGUGUUUGAUCAAACCACUGAGCAAUGUAAGCCUGCAUAAGGACGGAAAUGUUUAAAACAAUUGCUUGAAUAUUGUAGAGCUCUUAACACUUAUGUAAUCAAACAAAAAAUGGAAUGCUUCCAAACUUC